AUGACGUCUAAUCCUACUGUCCAAUCACAUCGCCGAGCGCCAAGUUCUUCUACGACGUCAACAACAUGGCGGAAAGCGACAUAGAAGUUACGUUUAGGAAGGAGACUGUGGGUAAACUUAUAUCCAGCUUCUUCAAGGAGGACAAAAGCAGAUUAAGCGUAGAGGCUACAUUACUCGUGGCAGAGAUGCUGAAAAUAUUUGUCCAAGAGGCGACCGUGCGCUCUCAGAAACAAGCUGAAUGCGAGGAUUGCGAUCGAGUGGACAUCGAGCACUUUGAAAAGAUCCUGCCUCAGCUGCUGCUGGACUUCUAGCUGCCACAAGAUGGUACCAGAGUGUUUUACGACUGGUAGUCCCCCCACCCCCACCACACUUGUGUCAGUUCUGACUCUGCUUCCAAAAGUGCCAUUAAACGCCUCCACACUG